CCGGGGAGGGCCGCGAGCUCCGCCCGCUGUAGCUGUGCUUGCCUGGCUUGGAGAGGGAGAGAGAGAGAGAGAGGAGAGGGAGGGGAAGAAGAGCGGGGCUGCGCUCCCUGCGCUGCCUAGUCUGGAGCGGGGGCCUGGCAGCGGCAGGAGCGGCGGCGGCGGCGGCUGCUGAGGAGCCGCCGGAGCCUGCUGGUCGGAGGAGUCAGCCCCGUUGCCUUCCGCUCCGGGUGCGCGAGGCGAGGCGAGGGGGCCCGGUCUCCACCGAUCCAUGACCAUGGGCGACAAGAAGAGCCCGACCAGACCCAAAAGGCAAGCUAAACCUGUAGCUGAUGAAGGUUUUUGGGAUUGUAGUGUCUGCACCUUUAGAAACAGCGCUGAAGCCUUCAAAUGCAGCAUAUGUGAUGUCAGGAAAGGCACCUCUACAAGGAAACCUAGGAUAAAUUCUCAGCUUGUAGCACAACAAGUUGCUCAGCAAUAUGCUACCCCACCACCUCCUAAAAAGGAGAAGAAAGAAAAGGUGGAAAAGCAAGAAGAGAAAAAAACAGACAAAGAAAAAGAAGUUAAUCAAAGUGUUAUAAAGAAGAAUACCAACAAGAAGACUAAGCCAAAGUCAGAUAUUGUGAAAGAUCCUCCUAGUGAAGCAAACAGUAUACAAUCUGGAAAUACAACAAAGACCAGUGACUCAAAUCACACCUCAAGACCCAGACUGAAAAAUGUGGACAGAAGUACCGCUCAGCAGCUGGCAGUCACAGUAGGGAAUGUCACAGUAAUUAUCACAGACUUUAAAGAAAAGACUCGCUCUUCCUCCACAUCUUCAUCCACAGUGACCUCCAGUGCUGGAUCUGAACAGCAAAAUCAGAGUAGCUCAGGCUCCGAGAGCACAGACAAGGGCUCAUCCCGUUCUUCUACGCCAAAGGGCGACAUGUCAGCAGUCAACGAUGAAUCUUUCUAAGAAUUGCACAUGGAAUUGUGGGAAACUUACAAAAUCAGGGUAUGAAAUUCAAAUAUUCCACCUGUCCACCAGGACAACCUGAGAAAGCUGCCAGUGCCACUUCCUCUUCCCUUUCUCCUUGUGCUCCAACAUGCUUUUUGGAUAUCCUUCCCUUAAUUGAUGACACCUGGACGCUUUGGUCUGACUGUGGGCAUCUGGCUACCAAGGAAUUUCGCACCCUGAGAAUUACUUUCUGAUGUUUAUGUAUUCCAUUGUUUUAUAUGAUUUUCCUAACCAUCAUUUAUAAUUGGAUGUGCUCCUGACUCUUACUUUUUUAUAAAUCUGCUGUGCACAGUUUUUCCAUGAAUCUUACCACCAAUUUUAUUUUUGUUUUGGGUGAGGGAAUGUGAUGUAAGGGGAAGGGCGGGCUUAUAGGAGGGUUUUUUAUUUAUUGUAUUCACAAACUUCAUUCUCUUGUUUUUUCAGCAUAUUUUUUGAGUUCAAAUCUCCCUCUUCCAGUUAUACUGUGUACUAUCAGUUUUGAUAUAAAUUAUAUAUAUAUAAAUAUAUAAAUAUAUCUAUAAAUAAAGUAUAUAUAGGGUUAUUUGAAACCAAUACAUGGAAACGCUGGUGCUUGAAACACUGUGAAGCUAAGCAAUUUAAGAUCUGGGACAGCGAAUGCCAUUUGGUGAGUGCUGAAACCCAACCGGAACCAGUCUUAGAUCAUCAAAGUGUUCCCAGAGGUUCUAACAGAAACAGGACCUAGUUUUUCUCUUGUGCUUUGGCUGAAGAGUACUGGACAAAAAUAGAUAUCUAUUUUCUUAUUUUCUGUUCUUUUUGAAAUCCAAAAGGUGCUCCAAGUCAUUGCAUUUCCAGUUAGAGUAUCGGAAAACAAUAAAUUUCUAGCCCUUUCUUACCACAGUGUACAAAUUUUAAAAACAAUGAACAACACCACUUUCAAAAUGCUUAGUAUUAAUGUCCCUGAUCACUGCACAUUAACACUGCCUAUUUUGAAUAACAAAUCUCAUUCUCUUAUUGUCCAGAUUUAUAUUGGUGAUGGGAAAAGAUUUUUGAAUAUCAGUGGGGAAAUGUCAGACAGCUUUUAUAAUAGAAGGCAAUCCAAGGCCUUAAUAAUAAGUGCUCCCCUUAUAAUAACAUGAACCGAGAUCUAUUGUCACAUGACUUGUUUUCAGUUCAAAUCUUCUAUAUGUGAUUCUGCUUUUUUGUUAGUAAUUUAAUUCAUUUAAUUCCAUUUCCUUAGGAUUAUCAGUGCUUAGACAUAUCUCUCUACCAUAACUUGGUAUGAGAGCAAAAGUUAUGAAGACAUUUUUAUACUAAUAAGGGAGCCUCAGAAUGGCAAAUAACUUCAAUUUUCACUUCGAAAGCUAUUCUGGGAACAUUUACUUACAGAUCCAAACUCUAUUGCAGUUUUAUCUAGUCGGUAUGUUUUUUCUGCUUAAAACACUAGAAAGAAGAUGGAACACUUUAAAAAGAAAACUUCAAACUCUUAUUGUGUGCUUUACAGGCGACCCAGAGUGCUUUGCUAUAAUUUCAGUAACCAUUUCUUAGUUUUAUCAGAAUGAUUUCCAUGUAGGUUUUCUCAAAGGGCCACUCGGCAGAACUUGGUGCUAGACAAUUACUGUACUCAUUUCUUGUUUGAAUAAUAUAAAUUAUUUCUGUUCUAGAGAGGCAUGAAAUGGUUGUGUUUUAUCAGUUUAAAGCCACAAACACAAACUUCUUUUAUAUCAGUCUGAACAUUUUAACCUAUGCUUAACUGAAUAAAGUAAUUCUGCUUAAGGAGGUAGAGUAGCAGAGCAGUGCCUUUGCAGCUGCAUCUGUUUUGAUGGGUUUCUCAUUCAGUUAUUCUUAUAUCUAUUCUUUUUUUUUUUUUUGAAAACUUAUUUUUAAAAUAUUUAUUAAAAAAUAAAAAAGAACCAAAGGAAAAACAGAUGUUUCUUAAGCUCUGAUAAUACAAUAUUAUCGUAGUUUUUAAUAGUCCACAUCAAUCCACAUUUUAACAUUGGUAAACAUUCCUUUUACAAGUUUGACUAUUCCUUUAAAGGAUCUCAGGGAGGGUAAAUUGGUCAGCCAUAAUUUAUUUUUGGAGAAAAAAGAAUAAUUUUUAGAGAUGUUUUCAACUUAGUCCCAAAUGUGUGUGAUUUGCACAGAUUUUUUUUAAA